AUGCUUAAAAUUAGUGAGCUGAAUGUGAUUAAAGAAAUGUGCUUAGGGACCAAUACUAUGAUGCUAAAAAGCAAUAUUGAACAUAUCUAUGUUGUAGGGCUGAAGAUAUGGAGAUAUCCUAAGAAAUUUGAUGUCCCAGCAGAGUUGGAGGUGCAGCAGAUAUGCUGUGGGAUGGAUUAUUUUCAGUGCUUUUUAAGGAAUCAAGGGUUAUGUAUUAUGGUGGGCCUUUUACGAAGGAUUAUUAUAGCUCUCAUAUGGAAUAUCCGGAAAAGACAGAAAUCACGAAUCCGAUUUUUUCCCAAGCCGUGUUCAAUAUAUGACAAGGAAAUAUAA